GUGUUUCCAGGGAGCUCCCCCUGUCCCUCCCCGUCAGAUCACUCUCACAAAUUAAGAUGUCUGCAGCGGCCGAGGGCGGUAACGGACCCGGUCCCGGUUCGGGACCCUCUAACCCGCGGAAGUUUAGCGAAAAGAUCGCUCUGCACAACCAGCGACAGGCGGAGGAGACCGCCGCCUUUCAGGAGGUCAUGAUGGACAUCUCUUCGACCCGGUUACAAGCCCAGAAGGUGCGGCUGGCCCGGUGUCAAGGCACCUACUAUGGGGGUUCCCUUCCUAAUGUCAACCAGAUCGGGAACAGCACCAGCGAAUUCCAGCAGGGCCCUUUCCAUUUAAACCUGGAUUCAGCUCGCGGCGCACGGCACCAUGGCCUGCUGGACAGAGCGCCCCGGGAUCGCCGGCUCAUGCCUCCCCUGCGGCACUACCGCCGGCAAAUUGACAGCUCCCCCUACAGCUCAGCGUAUUUAUCACCGCCUCCCGAUACCAGCUGGAGAAGGAAUUUGCAAUGGCCCAGCAACUUUCCAAUGGACAAAGGACAAUUGUUCAGACUGCCUUCCUCCGCUCUCAACAGAACAAACUCUGACUCUGCACUGCACACCAGCGUCAUGAACCCCAAUGUCCAGGACUCUUUCAACUGCGGCCCAGGGCUGGCACCCCAAAAUAGGAGAAGCGGAUUGGCAGAUGCUGAAGGUGGCAGAAUGUACCCCUACCCAGUGCCCCCCAUAGAGGAGAACAUGCUGGAUGAGAGGAAGCAGCUACUGAAGCCCUGGGACACGAAGAAGUUUCCGAUCCUGUCUUCUCGACCGAAGUCCUGUGAAGUACCUGGCAUCAAUAUCUUCCCGUCUCCGGAGCAGCAUUCCAGCAGCGCCCUCAUCCCGUCCGCUCUGAACACGGGGGGCUCUCUGCCAGACCUGACCAGCCUGCACUUCCCCUCCCCCCUGCCCACCCCCCUGGACCCCGACGAGCCCCCCUUCCCCAGCCUGAGCGGGGGCAGCAGCACGGGCAACUUGGCCAGCACCCUGACCCAGCUGGGCUUCGGAGUGGAGUCAGCCUUCCUCUCGCAGGGGCCGUCAUCAUUACAGGGUUCCUUUAGCAACCCCUCCCUCCAGUCGUCGCUAAGCAACCCCAACAUCCAAUCCUCUCUCAGCAGCCUGCCCUUCCAGACUUCCUUUAGCAACCCCUCAUUGCAGUCCUCCCUCAAGUCCUCCCUCCAGUCGUCGCCUAGCAACCAGUCCCUGCAGUCAUCUCUUAGCAACGCCUCCCUACUCUCCUCUGUCAGUAACUCCUCCCUCGGAAGUCUGUCCAUCCAAUCGACUGCCAGCAACCCCAGCUACAGCAGUGGGGUUGGCUCCUCCUCCUCUUCCUCCUCCUACUCUCCAAUGAUGAUGCAGAGCCAGCAGCAGCCUCCGGCGGUGUCACUCAGCACGUCGCCACGGAGACGGGCUCCGCUGAGCCCCCUGCUCCUCCCACUGGGCGGAGAUUUGCGGCGGCACCACCCCAAACAGUUCUCUCCUACCAUUUCCCCCACGCUGUCCUCCAUCACACAGGGGGUUCCCCUGGACACCAGUAAACUGCCACCAUACUCCUACAGCCAAACACACCCGCCUAUACCAUCCCAGCAGCCAAUGCAGCAGCAGCCUUCCCAACAACCUUUGCAACAUCCCCAGCAAUCCUUGCAACAGCAGAAUCAACAGCAACAACAAAGGCAGCAACUGCAACAGCAGAAUCAUCAGCAGCAACAGCAGCAGCAGAAUCAUCAUCAUCAUCAUCAGCAACUGCAGCAGCAGAAUCAGAAACAACUGCAGCAGCAGAAUCAGCAACAACUGCAGCAGCAGAAUCAGCAACAACAACUGCAGCAGCAGAAUCAGCAGCAACAACUGCAGCAGCAGAAUCAGCAGCAACAACUGCAGCAGCAGAAUCAGCAGCAACAACUGCAGCAGCAGAAUCAGCAGCAACAACUGCAGCAGCAGAAUCAGCAGCAACAACUGCAACAGCAGCAGAAUCAGCAACAACAACUGCAACAGCAGAAUCAACAGCAACAACUGCAACAGCAGCAGAAUCAGCAACAACAACUGCAGCAGCAGAAUCAGCAGCAACAGCAGAAUCAACAGCAACAACUGCAACAGCAGCAGAAUCAGCAACAACAACUGCAGCAACAGAAUCAGCAGCAACUGCAGCAGCAGCAGAAUCAGCAGCAACAACUGCAGCAACAGAAUGCGCAGGAGCCAAUGCAACAGCAACAGUUUCACUAUCAGAAUCCGCCCCGAACGCCUCAACUCAGUCAGUCCCUCGUCUGUGAUUUAAAUCUGUACAAUGAGUCGUCUCUGCUGAGCUCUCUCUUAGACGACCCCUAUCUGGGGCUGCAGCUGACAGCCAGGCAGACUCAAGCUCUCUCCCAACAGCUGGAGCAGUUCAACAUGGAGAGUCCUGCGGGGAGCCUGUCUCUCAGUAAUAACAGCAGCGGAGGAGGUGGCUUCCCGGGGGAGCUGCACGGCCAGACCUUCUCCCCGGCGGAGUCGGGCAGGCAGGGGGGCAGCCACAGCAACCUGCAGGACCCCCAGCUCCUGAACAAACAGAAGCAGAGCUGCACAGGGGGGCGCCAUGGCAACGUGCCCAGCAUCAUCCUCACAGGGGACUCUCCUCCAGGGCUGUCCAAGGAGAUCGCCAGCGCUCUGGCUGGGGUGCCUGGCUUCGAAUUCGGCCAUUUCAGCCUGGAUGAUGCCCUCAGGAUGGAGCCCCUGGCCCUGGAGGGGCUGGGCAUGCUGGGGGAGGCUGACCUGGUGAUGCCAGACCCCUCCGUGGAGGAGUCCUUCCGAUCGGACCGGCUCAAGUGACAGAACCAGCAACACUGAAAGACCCAUUCAGACAGUCGGUUAGAGACCUGCACACUCACUCCUGGCUUUCAGAACUAAACCUUAUAUUUAGCAUUUUAUUUUUCAGGGCUCACUAAACCGCUCGCCUCAUGACAGCCACUUUCAGCUUCUGAGUCGUUUCUGACCAGCCAUGCUGACGACACGUUGGGAUUGAGAGGGGCGGAGAUAUACAAAGUCAAAGUUGCUGAUCUUGAACCUUUGGCAAGUCUCCAAAGGAUCCCAGGGAUUAGCAUCCACAGUAUGGCUAGGUAACCCCUUCCAUCCCCUCCUCCCCACUGUGUGUGAAGAAGAGUCUGCUACCCACUAAGACCAUCUGUGUUGUCUGGUCCUGGUUUCUGUGCCGCACUUAAAGCACUGGUCAGCUGUGUUUUAGGUGUCAGGUAUUCAUUUGCUGUGAUUUCUUAGCUUGGAUAUCUCUGCCCCGACUGCAUUUGGUCAACUGUUGGUCAGACGCCAAGAUUAAAUAGAAAAUGAUCAAGCAGCUAAGCCAUGUUACACAACGUGUUUGGUUGUUUUCAUGACGUUUUCAAUCUCAAAAUAGAUUCAUUUAUUAGGGUAUUUUGGGAGCCCCUUAUUUAAAGGGGCCAGGACUUUGAACACUGUUAAAUGUUCUUCCACUAUAACUGCAUGAUAAACUCCCAGCAGUAAACCUACAGUGAGGCUCAUUCAUGCUGUGAUGAGGAGUGCAGUCAUUCCAGGUUUAGCAGGGGUCUGAUUGCUCUUAGGUACUUGGGCCUUUCGAUAAUCUAUCUGAACAAGGGGAGUUCUGAACCCCAGGACUGGGUGCAGCAGCAGCAGGGCCAGUGUGAGUUUAACCCUGCAUUUACUGUAAAUGUACUAGAUUACAGGUUCACUUGUGUAACUAGAGUUCCCUGUAGAUCUAUGGGCCUUUUUCACAUUUGGUUUGUUUGGAACAUAAAUUCAAAGUUUUUAAAAGUACAUCGAGUAGAAGUGAACUGGUUUUGCUGGUUUCGCUUCCACAUUUUUCCAAAUUGAUUUUGCUUUCACAUUGCACUGUGAUAAUUCGGUUUGAUUAAAACAAGCCCAUGAAUCAAACUCUGCCUGGCCACUUUGUCAGGGCGUAUCUACCCACUUUGAUGAAAAUAUACAUGUAAAUGAGACCAUUUGCACUGAUUCAAUGUCAACUAUGACCCGUUUGUUCAGGGUUGUAGAAUUGUAGUUGGAAAUCUACACAAUUGAACCUUUUCUGUACUGCAUAAAUAUUCAAAUUGAAGCUGUCCGAAUGUUGUUCAGUGCCACUGUGUUUGAACUGUGAAAGGGAUCCCAUUAGUGAUUUUCUGUUCAUACACCACCCCCAAUCGACAAUGCCUACCACGUACUUCUAAAAUCUGUAUAACUUCUGUAGCUCGGUGGUUUAGAAAGAAAGUGCUGGGCUGCAGUGGGUUUGAGUGGCUCAGUGAGUGCUGGGCUGCAGUGUGGAAAUGAAGCUGGUUCCAGUUCUUGUAACUCUAUUAAGAGCUUUGAUGUGAAGAAUUGUAGUUGAUGUUGUCAGGAUGAGCCGAGUGCAGACAGGACUGCGUUUCGGGGUGAAUCCGGGGUGCAGACCCCUAACCCAGGGGCCUCUUCAUACAACAAGCCUGUAUUCCACAGGUCUAUCCUUUUAUAUACCUGUAUGGAAUUGAUUUCCUGUUUCCUGUCCACCAGCACUUUCUAUGAGAACACAUAGCGAUACUGAUCAAAGCCCAGCCCUGUGUUUUUUAUUCAGUGUUUGAUGGGGUUGUUUCCACUCUGCUCUUUGGAGCAGUGAGUCCAAGCGUCCUAAUGUUGCACUGAUUUGAUGCAGGCGCUAGGUGCUCCAGUCCCACUUCUGGCCACCAGGUGUUGCUGUUGAGCAGCAAAAAGAAAAGUAGUCGGGCCUGGUUUUGUGUAUUUUUUUUGUUUUUUAAUGUUGUAUUAUUUUGGUUAUCUGUAAAAUAAUGUUAAAGUGAUUGAUUUGAAGCCAUUGGUGAGAGUACAUAGCACUUUGCUUUACUAUUCGUUCUAUUCUUGCUGGUCCCCCUUGACCUUUGUUGAUCUGUUUGUUUGGACCUUUGCUAUCAGUUUAUAUCAUUCUUUGUUGAAUCCCUUACCGUGUUAUUGGAGAGAAGUUCAGGGUGCAGCAGCAACUAUAGUGUAGUAACAUCUGCAUAGGAGCCCCCACACUGUACUCGUCUCUCACCAGAAUGACAGUAUUCCUCAUGGCUCCUGCAUAACCAGUAAAAACAAACUCUGCUGUAUAUGCAGGUGCAUUCUCACAGUAUAACCGUGAUGCAGCUCGCAGACUCGUCCAGAUAGAAUCGCUGCAAAGAGCAGAAGAGAAGUGAAGAUACCCAGGCUUCGUAGCACAGGUGUGAAGCUGUUCUCUUCAUGCUCAGAUCAUUUAUACUGAAACAGCAGACAACUUUAUUCUGAAUGGAUUAUUAAUGCAGCCCACUGAAAGCUACAGUAACACAGCGUUUCAUUGUCUUAUUCACAGCUCUGCUAAAUGUAACACUUUAUCUUCAUUUAGUGUGAAGUGUUCUUUGAUCAUGGUGUUGGAGGAAACUGUCAGCGACUCAGAACACAAGUUUCAGUGCCUCAGUUUGUUUAGCAGAGGCUGCAAUGGGAUAGCCUGCUUGUUAUAGUGGUUUUGUUUCAAAAAGUUAUUUACAGUUUUCAAAUUUAGGUAACUUGUACAAACUCCUAGAUGUGUAGUUAUGAUUUGUAACAGUGGAAGCUGAUGUGUGCAGUGUCAUGUGAACUGGAGACAAACCCAAUGGCGUGUGUGUUAGGGUUCAAAUCCUUUGUUCUGGUUUUGCUACACAUAUUCUAGGGUACCGCGUUCAGUCUAAAAUUCAAAGUAUAAAAUGCAAAGAACCGAAAGCUCUUGGACAGAAGAAAGAGGGAUCCAGUGAUCAUAUCCCUUGGUCAGCACUCCCUUAACAAUGCUAUAGAGAUGCAGGUGGAAAUCCCAUUGUACAGAGAGCAGCUACAGAGAAAUAUCAGGUUAGCAUGCAUUAUGGACACAGUCAACUAACAAGGAAGUAUUUCAACUUUUCCGUUUUAAAUUAACAAACGCAUCCUUUCUUUACUUUGCUUUUAGGGAUAAUGUGUACAAAAUGGCCAUAAAUGUAUGCUUUGUGAUUGUAUAUAUUUUUCUACAUGUAUUAUUGUUGAAUUAUGCUUUGAGGGGGAACACAACAGAGCAUAAUUUCAUGGAAGGUUUUUACUAGAUUUUUUUUUUAAAAAAGGGUUUUAAACUAACAAGGAAAUAAUUCACUUGUAAAUAUUGAAGCGGGAGGUGUAUUCUAAAAACCUAACAAAGUAUAUAUAUAUAUA